AUGCACGUGCACGAGGCUCUUGAUAGGGCCGUGCUCCAAGCCCUUGGCGGGAAAACCGGUGUGGAAUCCGGCGGGAUAUCCGGCGGGGAGUCUGGCGGCGAUGGUGGGGAUGAUGUGUCAGGAGCCACGAGGGCUUUAAGCUUGAAAGCAUCAGCCUCGACCAACAACAGCCAGGAGCAGGGCGAGCAGGACCAACCCACCCCCUCUUUCCUCUCCCUCAAAUCCUCAACGUCUAGCAGCAGUGGUGCUGCCUUAGCUGCCAUUUCCCCUGCCGACGCUGCUCGCCUCCGGCUCUUCACCCACACGUUCACUCUCCUGGUCACGCACCUUACCAACGGCAUGCGCAUCGGAGCUAAGGCUGUGGAGUGCCUCCCCUCCCUGCGUGCAGCCAAGGCUGUGAGCUUCUUUCAGGAAUAUCCUGACACUGUGGGGGAUCCUAUGAAGGCGUUUAGGGCUGCUGUGGAUGAGGCGGGGAAGGGGAUGAGCGAGGGGGAGGUGGAACUGGUGGAGGGCGAACUGGGCCCUGCUAUGGUGAAAGCUAGUCUGCUGCUGAAAGUGCUGGCCGUUGAGGAGAGGGAGGAGGUGGUCAGUGCACCCUAG